AUGGCUUCCUCAGAUGCGGACGAAGCUAAAGAACUGAGGCUGGUUAACAACGUCGAGCUCAAGAUUGCGCUAGCUGAUACAGAUGAAAAGCUUCAACGCCUAUUGAAUCUUUAUUUGCCACCUUUGAUAUUGAAGCUUGCGAGCCCGCACGCCUCAGUUCGGAAUAAGGUUGGACUCGCUUCCCUUACGACUAGUCGCGUAUUGAUGCUGAUGAUAACUACAAAGGUGAUAUCGAUAUGCCAGCACGUCAACACCCGAAUCAGGCCGGUUACAAUAAUACUGCCUGUCGCCGCUCUCCUCAAGCAAUUUAAGGACCCUGAGGUCGGAGGUCGUUACUCGCUCGUGCGUAACUUUGAUUUGAUGUAUGUCCAAACCGGGAUCGAGCGAUUACCUGUCUUGGAACGGUUAGAGUUGCUCCCACCUUUGCUAAAAGAUAUAUCGAAACACGACAAUGCUGCUCAUCAGCGCUCUCUGUUCAAUAUUUUAUUAAAAGUCUUGGUCCAUUUUGAACCCCCGAAUAGGGGAACACAGGAGGAUCUUGCUCUGAGAAUUAAAAUGGGGUUUGAUGAAGCCGGUGGCGGUGAGGAUGCUGUUUGGGUGGCGAGCUGGUUCAAGCGAUUAAUGCUCCUCAAUCUGUCAAUUUUCACCACUCGCAGCACCUCGGGACAGUUGAAUUGCCCGGGAAUUUCGGCCGCGGAGUUUGACUUCCUGACCCUAGGCGGAAAGCAAGAGACCUUCAGCCCUUUUGCAACCUUGACGGAUAUAAAAAAGUCUGUGCUUAGAUUUCUUGCUUCGGGAGCAUUCACGGACCGGGAGAGAUUUUUCCCUUGCCUUGUAGGAACUUCCGAUACGAAUUCGGCGGUCGCGGAGCCUGCGGAAGAUGUCUUUAGACGUUCUCUGCCGCCAGUGUCCUUGGAUGACGAGGGCGUAGUUAGAGAACUCUACCAACUUUAUUUUGGUAACCCAAGCAGUGCUAUACCACCAGUAAAGGUUGUGCUCCAAGCCCGAGUUGUCGGACUAUUAGCGAAAUCGACGGAGGCCAUUGGAGAGCAAUGGGGAGAUCAAAUUGUUAAGAUUGUGGAGAGUGGCCUCGAAACAGACUACGCUCGACUGAGACAAGCCGCCUUCACCUUCGUAAUUUGGGCAUCAAGAAUGGGUGGGGGAAAGGUUAUGGCAACGGUUGCGGUUGAUGUUGUGGAGAAGAUCAGGUACUGGCUACUGUCUACGAGUCCAGAAGAUGGGGGAGGGACCGGUGGAGACGACCUGAGAGGCUAUGCAUAUGAAAGCCUCGGGUUAUUGGCAAAGAGGGCCCCUGGCUUCGUGGUGGAGAAAGAUUGGAGAAUCUUAAGGUUUUUGUUUGGGAGAUUGAGAGAUGAGCCCGCAGGAAGUGUGGCUGUCAGUGUUGAGGGGGCGCUGGCCACAUUGUUACCCGCUAUAGCAAAACAACGACUUGAUAGAGAAACGGAAGAGGGCCUAGAGGAGCUGAUAGUCGAACAAAUGAUUACGGAUAAAGGAAGAAGCACAAGAUUCUCGGCGGUUAGAUACGCUAAUCGUAUCUUGGAGUUCAAGAAUUUGGAGGGACGAUGGGGGAAUUUAUUGGCUCUGGGAAGGAAGGGAGAGAGAGGCGAGGUUGUAGAGGAAGCUAAAAAAGGUAUAUAUCUAGGGGGAGCCAGAGGGAUAAUUUCACGUCCUAUCCCUUCCUUAGAAAUUUCCAAUAUGAAUAUAUCUGGGGAUGAGAAUAUCCCGUUUGCCUAGGAUGCUGAUUGUGCUUCAUAGGUUUGCAUCCGUAUUAUCAUCGUCUCCUCAACCCAGAAGAAAAUUUUCCGGUAGCAGCGGAUGAGAAUUCCAUGGAAAUCGAUACUCCUCACGCUAAGGGGCCGAGCAAAUAUGCCUUUCCGGUUUUCUCUGACCUUAUAGACCACUUUUUCCCUCACUCGCAGCAGAAUGCUACUACCUGGACUACUCAAGAGAGCCUUGUCGCCGAUCUGAUGCCCCCAGAGGUCUUUGAGAUAGCUGUCUCCUUUUGUCGGAGGGUAGGACUCAUGGAAGCGCUCAGCAAUGAAGAGGUGGUCGUGGACGAAGACUGGGAGAGAAAGUUGGACGCAGCUGUUGAGCGCGAUGAAGGUGUAAGACACAAGGUCCGGACUUACUUUAGUAAAUUAGAAGAGGAAAAUAGCCGUGUACUCGGCAGGUUCAUGGAAGUAGCGUGGCUUGGUAUGGUUUGGGAUGGGUCGGGGUUGGGUGGUGUUAGAGAUGUUUGGGUGGAUCUCGUGAGCGUUGUUCCCGAGAGAUCAUGGAAAAACUCAGUGCAAAAGAUCGAAUCGUUAAAAAAAGCUGUCUUGACAGGAACGAAGGGUGAAGGCAGGGUGGUUACUGCUAGAGCUUUGGGCAUUGUCGGGAGUCACGAGGCCCUGGAAGAGAGUUUAUUGGUAUCUAUGAUAGAGGAAAUGAUUACUUAUUCCCGGGACCCGGGCAAGGCCUUUGGAGCAGAAGGCGGGAGGGUUCAUGGCGGGAUACUAACAUUGGGAUUUCUCCUGUCGAGACUGAAACUUCGUGGGCGUCUCGGCGCCUUGCCGAGGGAGCUGGUAUACCAGGCGGUGGGUGUUGUUGUCAAUGCGCUUCUAGAAGCAAGAGAUCAAGCGAUUCUUGAUGCUGCUGUCCAGUCUCUCUCGGAAAUUUCCAUCUUUGCAGUUGUUCACGGCGACUAUUUUCUAAAAACUUACCCCCGAAUCCUGGACCGCCUGACUGAGCUUGCCAAAAAAGGCAAAGAGAAAGCAGUUCUUGCGAUUGGCUAUUUAGGGAUAGUGUUUCCUUCGUCCGAUAAACCUAUUGUUGACAAGCUUCUACAAGCUCUUUUCGCUUUCCACGAGAACCGACAGGUUGAGGUUAAUUUUGCAACUGGCGAAGCGAUUGCCUGCCUCGCCGGGGGGUGGCGGAGCAAAUCUGUUCGCGGAAAGGUGGAUAUUGCAGGAUAUGAAAACGCAAAUCCUACUGAGGACCUAGUUGAAGAGAGGCUAGGAGAAGUUCUGGGGACAGUGCUGAACAAGAUGUCUGAUACAAAGCCUAGCUUAAGGAAGGCUGUAUGUGUCUGGAUGCUGUGCUUGUUGGAAUUCUGUGGAGAGGAUCAACAAGUGAAGUCUAGGCUUGGGGACAUGCAAAAAGGGUUUAGGGGAUAUUUGGUAGACAGAGACGGUAUGGUUGUGCAACCUCCCUAAGUAUUCCAGAUAUUACUAACCAGUGGUUUUGGUGGUUGAAAUAGAGCUUGUACAGGAGACCGCAGCGAGAGGAUUGACGAUGGUUUACGAGAAGGGCGAUAAGGAAACCAAAGAUGAUCUUGUCCGGAAUCUCAUUUCAUCUUUUACCGGUGAGAAAACUCGUACCUUGACUGGGAAUGUGUCGGCAGAAACCGAGCUGUUCGAACCCGGGGCCUUGCCGACUGGGGAUGGAAGCAUCUCUACCUACAAAGAUGUUAGUUCGUUUUCUACGCAUUAGGUACUUUUAUUCUAGCUUGCGGUCUUGAACUAACACAUUGGGUGUAGAUUAUGUCCCUUGCUUCAGAAGUCGGUGAUCCAAGCUUGGUGUAUAAAUUCAUGUCCCUUGCUCGCCAUAAUUCUUUAUGGUCUUCACGAGCAGCCUUCGGCCGUUUCGGGCUGGGAAGCAUCCUUGCUUCUUCUGACGUCUUGAAGCACAACCCCAAAUUAUACCCAAAACUUUAUCGGUACCGCUUCGACCCUAACCCCAAUGUCGCUCGCAGCAUGGAAGACAUUUGGAAGGCUCUGAUCGGUAGUGAUGAGAAACAUGUAUUGGAGGCACAGUUCAACAAUAUAAUUGAAGACCUGCUCAAGUGCGCUGUUGGGCGGGAGUGGAGGACUAGAGAAGCGAGCUGCAAUGCUCUCGGAGAGCUCGUACUAGGAAAGAAAAUUGAGGAAUAUAAACCAUACUUGGAGAAAAUCUGGAGUACAUCGUUCCGGGUCCUUGAUGAUGUUAAGGAGAGUGUUCGGAUCGCCGCGAUGAAACUCUGCAGAGGGUUAACACAAGUUAUGGUCCGCAAUGUCGAUGUAGCCUCAGGGGGGAGCCGAAAAGAGGCGGAGGCAAUUUUAGAGGGCGUUAUGCCAUUCCUGAUGGGUGGAAGGGGAUUGGAAGCGGAGGCCAAGGAAGUGCAGUUGUUUGCGUUACGUGAGCUUGGAGCCACUUUUUUUGCUGCUCUCCCUCCUCAAAGAUUCGAGCCGCUUACUAUGAUGACAAUUGGCGGUGCAUUCCUCUGCGCCAAUGGAUGAGCUAAUAGCAUUUGUUAAAACUAGGAACUCUCCUUCAACUUGUAAAAACGGGAGGGCCCGCACUCCUCCCAUAUAUUUCAGACCUUGUGGACAAAUUCGUACAGCUCUUGAGUUCCCUUGAGCCGGAAGUGGUCAAUUACUUGCAUUUGAAUGCAGAUAAGUACAAUACCACUGGUGACGAUGUACGCUCUAACUCUUUAUGGUAGGAAUUUUUGCUAAUACACGAUAUAGAUCGACCGUAUUAGGCUGGCCCAAGUUCGGGGGUCGCCAAUGAUGGAUGCCAUUGAGCGAUCGUUGGAUCUAUUAGACAACGACUCUAUGAAGACCUUUGUACCCGGAUUCCAGAGGACCAUAAGGAAAGCAUUGGGCUUACCGUCUAAAGUAUACUGCCUUCGUGUCUUGGUCGUGGUGUAUCACAUACUAACAUGUAAUUAUCAGGUAGGGUGCAGCCGCAUUAUCGUGACCCUAGUGGUCCGACACGGGUUCAUUACCAAGCCCUUUGCAGAUGAGCUCCUCAAAACUCUACAGGCUUCGAUGCAUGAUCGCAAUGAGACGGUGAUGGCGAGCUAUGCUAGUGCUGCUGGCUAUCUCUGUCGAUUAACUAGCGACGAAAAAAUAUUGGGCCUCGUGGAAUAUUCUAGAAAACUAUAUUUCGAGGGCGAAGAUGAAAAGCAUAGGACACUAGCUGGUGAGGUGAUUUACGCCCUGUGCAAAAAGUGCGUAUUCAUUCGUCCCCCAUCGUUCGUAUUUCUAACCGCAUUAGCGCCACGGAUCGGUUCAACUCUCUGGCUGUGGACAUACUACCCUUCAUUUUUGUCGGGAAGCAUGAUCCACACGCGCCUGUUGCUGAAAUCUUCACGAAAGCCUGGACUGAAAAUACCGGUGGGACUGGUGCAAUCAAGCUUCACCUCGGGGAGAUCAUUUCACUAGCACAGACCCACCUUUCCUCUCCGCGAUGGGCACUCAAGCAAACUGCAGCGUUAAGUUUGGCCGAUGCAUGUAAAUCAAUUGGUAAGGAUACUACGGCCGACCAGGUUGACCUGUUAUGGCCGGUAUUAGUAUCGGCGACGUCGGGAAAGAGCUGGGAUGGAAAGGAAGCUGUUCUUGAUGCUCUGGUUGCCCUCUCCGUGAAUGCUGUUCGAUAUUUCGAGAACGACCAAGCCAAAUUGCGAGAACUAUCAAUGGUAUGUGCGAGACCUGUGUUUCCUCCACUGCUCCGCUAACAAACUACAUGUGGGCAGAUCGUGCUGAGGGAAGCAAGACGUAAAAAUGCUGCUUAUAGAAGCAUUGCAGUAAAGAGUCUCGGUGACUUUGCCGACGGUUUUGCAGCAUUAGACCUUUUUGAGGAGGCAUACGGUGUUGUUAUGGACUCGGUCAAAAGCGAGUCUGAAGAUGCAAUGGAUGUUGACGUUGCCGGUGGCCGUUCUCUGAAAUCUAUGUAAGCUUACUCCUCAGAUACCUAUUUUCUCGCAGCACUAGGCAGCCGACUGACAUUCAUCGGUGCAGAGAGGAAACUACUUUAGCAAAUGGUCUAGUUACGCUUUGCAAGGCUUUUAGAACAGACUCUAAUCCUAACGGUUGGCCCCUAUACCCACCCUUUUUAGCUGCUUAUUAAUCCACCACAGGAUCAAAAACUCGUACCGAUGCCUUAAAGGUCCUGGAAUUUGUGCAAGAUAAGCUGGCAGGUGCCAACUACGAUCUUAAAAUACGCGGAGUUGAAGGCAUAGCGACUGUUCUCUGUCGUCUCUCCACAACGACACUCGGAGAGAAGGACUGGAAUGAUAUUCUCGGUAAAGCCUGGUCCCAAGUCAACCAGUGCCUCACCGACCGAAGCAAUGAGAACGUCCGUAUCAAGGCUGCGGAAGCCACUAUGCAAAUGCUCAAGUUGCAGGGGCACGGGAGCCUAUGGGGUAAUGUGCGCGCGGAUCUCCAACAGGUGUUAGCUGAUGAACGCUCACCGAUGGUUCGUCAGGCGUUGGGGGCUGAUUUUGAGCGAUUUGUACGGGAGGGAUGACUAAUAUAUAAUUAUAUAUAGUAUGAUAUAUAGGGUUUUCACCCGGAGGGCUAAUAUAUGUUUCCACUAUUUCUGGAGCUCUUGGUUCGCGCUAGUUCCACUGAUGUCGUAGCAGCAAGUUCUGUGCCUUCCCUAUACUGUAAAUGAAACGGCCGUGACGCCGGCAUUUGCCUGUUCGUUUGGGUCCCACGGAAUGGUAUCUGUCUUCGCC